GGACGGACUGGACACUGGACGAAUGGACAUGCGCAUGCGCGCCGCACCACAGAAUCGCACGCGACAGCACGAACGUAGCAGACGGCGUGGCCUCAGCAUGAAGAAUAAUUUACAAAGAUACACACAUACAUACUUAUCGAAAUGUAUUCUUUUAUUGGAUAUCGACACAUAUAUGUUUGAACAAUGAUGACAUGUGUACCGCAAGCAGAUAUCAUUUAUUAUAAUACUUUUAAAAGCAACAUUGCGUUGGCUUUAAACGGAGUCUUGAGAAGCUUUUGUAACUUGUAGUCGUAGAAAAUAAGCAGAGAGAAUCCCUUGGUUUCUCUUUUUGAAAAUAAGCUAAGAGAAUCUGAAUAUAUUUUUCAUAAGACAAAGUAUGUAUAUUGGAAUACAGAUAUCUGCACAGUAAAUUAUGUGUAAAUAAGUUGACCCGUCACUCCUCUCAUCAUUAAAUGAUCUUAUAUUGUACUAUGUACUAUUUUAUUUUGUUUUAUUUUUAAAUUUCUAAAUAGAAUUAUUGAAAUGUUUCUCAAAUGUACCACGCAUGGUUCCAAAACUGGAUGGCGUUACUGGCGUUAGUGCUGUUCAUAAACAUUUUCCUUGCGACUUGUCAUAAUUUUGCAAGUCGCUCUGUAGAAAAACCCGUAAGAAGAUGAAUCGUCAUCCGAAUACUGACUAUAAAAAUCGCAAUGAACCACAAGUUGAAUUAGAGAGUCAAUUUAUUAUGCGGUUACCUCCGGAACCCGCCAAAAUUCUGAGGGAAGCAUUACGUAGCGGUUUGCCCUUAAAAGAUAGAGUGGCUAUAAAACUGGAGAACGAUAUGCGUUAUGGUGAGGUUAGGGUCGACAAUUGGUUACUCCAUGCUAAGGUUGUCGACCUCCCAACAAUAGUAGAAUCCUUAAAAACCAUUGACAACAAAAGCUUUUAUAAAACUGCCGACAUAUGCCAGAUGGUAAUAUGUAAAGAAGAGGAUGAUCACACCGCAACAGAUGAAGAAUCUCCAAUCAAGCAGAAAAAAAAGGAUCCAAAUAAGGUUGACAAGAAGUUCCUUUGGCCUCACGGUAUUACACCACCCACUAAAAACGUCAGACGAAGGAGGUUUAGGAAAACUUUGAAAAAGAAAUAUGUAGAGGCGCCGGAGAUUGAGAAGGAAGUUAAACGUUUGUUGCGAGUGGACAAUGACGCUGUUAAUGUCAAAUGGGAAGUGAUAUGUGAAGAUGAAGAUACAUCAAAACCCAGUAAGGUGUCGUCGUCCGGUACAGUUAAGACUAAACGGGAGAGCAUGAACGGGAACACAUCUCAAAGUCUGGAUGUCGCUGAACACGAUAUAUUCGGCGAGCCCGUGAGUGACAGCGAGGAUGACGACGAAGAGGCGAACAUAAACGUGAUGGAGUUAGACGAGAAUAGUCGACUUUCGGCGGACAGUAGAGUUUCAGACUCCAAUUCUAUGCAAGCCACGUAUUCUGAGAGAUCAAGUAAUAAUGCAACGACGAGUAGUGGAUUAGUUACCGAAUUCAGUAAAGAUAUGUUUCAAAACGAUAACAACGGUGAUGCGGAAACUGAAAAGCAGCAGGAUGAGUGUACCCCGCCAAAAGUUUCAAAAUUAGAGCAAUUUCAGUCGGAAUAUAUUAUUUCAGAUAAUUACAGUGAAUCGAUAAUUACACCCUCAUCUGUGUCUAAAGAUUCGCGUCUCGCUACUCUGCAUGCGGAGUUGGCGGAGUUACGGCAAAGAAGGCAGCAGCAGGAGAUCGAAAUAGCAAACAUAGAAAACGUCAAGCUGAGACAACGGUUCCAAGAGAUCCUGGAUAAUUUGUUGACACAAGAGAUGCAGAAAGUACAAGAGAUACAAGAUUUGGAAAUGGAAUAGAAAAUUUACAGAUUCAUGCAUUAUAUAUGUAUAUGACAUAGAACAUAUUAUAUAAGGCAAAUUAUAAUCUUUUACAUAAUGAAAUUUUUAUAUAAACAAUUGAACA